AUGGAGAACAAGGUGUAUGCAGCUUGGAUGUCAGUGGAGAACUUGCCUGCCGUGUACAAGGGGGACGGAGUCCCCUCCUCCCUAAAAAGAAUAUCCUUCCAAGGGGAGGUGGGCGUGCAUUGGAAGUUCCACACAGUGCCGCUGAUGUGGGCUCUAGAUAGGCACGUAGCAGGAGUGAAGCCCCUCAGCUCAAGUAAGGAAUCUCUGGAUUUGGCGGAAUCCAACCAUUCCAUCAGGAAGAUGGUGAAUGAGAUGAAUGUCUCGAGGUCGAGAAAGGUGACGAUGGUCAAGAACGAUCUAGGGUUAUCCUCCUACCGGCUCCAGAAGCGACAGUUCUUCAAUAUAGCCACCAGGAGUAAGAGACUGGCCCGAAGUCGUCAGAUGCUGGAGAAGUUCAAGAAUGGUUCGGUCCCCAACACCGUCUUCUCGCACGAAAAAUCUGAACCUUUUGACUACGCCGUAUAG